UCGUUUAACUUAUAAUAGCGGGAAACAGAACCGUUUCAAAUUUCAAAACAAAACCAAAUCCACAAACCUUAUUAUUCUCGUCUUCUUCAAAAUCAAAACCUUAUCUUUUUCCUACCAAUUUUCAUUCAAAAACAUUCCUUCUUGUUGUUGUUGUUUGAAACAAAACAGAGAAGAAAAAAAGAUGGAUUUUUUUGCAAUGAAGAGAAAGAAACUUCAGAGUUAUUGCAAGAAACAUGGGAUUCCUGCGAAUUUGAAGAACAUAGAAAUGGCCAAACAACUUUCUUUGAUAUAUCAGGGAAAAGAAAAUCAAAAUCCUGCACCACCCAAGUUACAAGCCGAUGGAGGUGCCGAUAAAGACAAAUUAAAUGUUGAAGUUAUAGACUUGGACUCAGACAGUGGUGCUGAUGAUGUUCAAAUGGAAGCUUUAGAUACUGUUGCUGGGAAUGAUUCUAAGGAUUUGAGGGAUGAACAUAAGCUGGAGGAGGAACCAGAUCAGUUAAGUGAGGUCAAGUCUGAUCACAAUGUUGAUUCAGGGUCCGCUGUUGGGAAUGCAGACGCUUGUGAAGUGAACUCAGCAUCUUUGCAAAAGACGAGUCAUGGUAUAGAGGAGUCUAAGUUGAACUCACCAUCUGAAGGAGAUGACAUUGGAUCCGUUAACGUACAGGAAAGCAUGCAAGUGAGUGUCAAAAAGGAGAAAAAUGAAGACAAUCAAGAAUUGCAUUUUGCAUCAUCAAGUGAAGAUGCAAAUAUGGUGGAUGUAGAGCAUGAGAUGUUGCGUGAACAGAUUGAUGUUGAUGAAGAUACGAGUGAAACUGAAAAUGUUGGAGAUGAAGCAGAAAAACUAGAUGAGGAACCCGAUCAAAUUUUAACUACUCCACUAAGUGAAGUCAAGUCCGAUCACAAGGUUGAUUCAGGCACUGUUUCUGGAAAUGCUGAUGCCCAUGAAGUGAGAUCAGUGUCUUCGCAAAAGAUGAGUCAAGGUCUAGAAGAGUCUAAGUUGAAAUCACCACCUGAAGGAGAUGAUAUUGAAUCCUUGUAUGUGGAGGAAACAUUGCAAAUAAGUGACAAUAAGGAGAAAAAUAAAGACAAUCAGGACGUGCAUCAUGCAACACCAAGUGAAGAUGAAAAUAUGGUUGAGGGAGAAGCUGAGAUAGUGAGUGAUAAAUCCUUGUAUAGUGUGAAUUCUUUAGAUGUUUCUUCCAAGGAAUCCAGUGGCCGUUCGGUUGAACAAGUUCAAAAUUUGGAUGAUAACAAUGGUGCUAUGGACGAACCUGCUGCAAUGUGCCUUGAUGCAUCGACAUGUGUGGAAAAUACCGACGAGAACACUAAUGUGGCUGUUCAAGACACUCUAGAUGAGGUUCAUUCAUCUAGUUUUGAAGAUUCUGAUGGGGCACCAGUUCAAGUUCUGCCUAUUGAUCCUAAUGAAGUAGAGACGAGUAAUCUCGAUGUUCAUGAAUUGAAUGUCACAGACACUGCUACUAAAAAUGCAGCUACAAGUGGAGUGAACUUUGAAUCUUCACAGAAGAUGAGUAUAACCACCACAUCAGAGAAAUUGAUUGGUUCAUCUACCAAACUUCUAAGUAAUUCACCGACACCAAGAGAUAUUGCCAUUUGUGAUGUGGAGGAAAACUUACAGAUUGGCGUUAAUCAGGAGCAAGAUGAUCAUGAUCAAGAGAAAACGAUGGAUUUUUCUCCCACUAUGCUAAGUAGUCCAGGGACAUCAGCAAGUGAUUCGGAAGAAAGUUUGCAGAUCCAUGCCAAUAAAGAGAAUAUUGAUCCCGGUGAAGGUUGGAAUCCAGACCCUAGUGCAGUUGACAUGAACGACGAUGAGGAUCUUACUCCGUCUGUUUCAGAAGAAUUGGGUAAUGAUUUGAUAGAGGGACAAGUUGCAAACGGGGAUGAUGAAAUAGAUCAUCAAGAUAUCUGUGGAAGUGGCAAUGGUUGCGAUGAAGAUGUUAACAAUUGUGGCAUAAAUAGCCCUCAUGUUUCUCCAAAGGAAUCAAGUGGCUGUUUGGUUGAACAACUUCACAAAUUGGAUGAUAAUAAUUGUGUUCUAUCGGAAGAUGCUACAGUCUGCCUCAAUGCAUCAACUGGUGCGAAAAAUAUUGACGAGGACACCAAUUUGACUGUUGAAGAAAUUCUAGAUGCAGUUCAUUCGUCUAGUUUUGAAAAUUCAUCAGUUCAGUUUCUGUCAAUUGAUCCAUUACGUGAAGUUGAGACUAAUGAUCUUGCUGUUCACAAAAUGGCUGCCACAGAUACAAGCGGUGUAAAGGUUGUUUCAGAAGCACCUGCUGAUGAUUUGAUGGAGGAAGAAGUGGCGGACGUGGAUGAUAAAUUUGAUCUUGUUGAAGAUGUUUUUGAAACUGGCAACGGUACCAAAGAAGCUAUAAACCAAGGUAGCAUUGAUAGUCCUCAUGGAUCAAAUGUUAACAAUGCUGACCUUUUACAUGUUUCUCCGGUAGAAUCGAGUUCACCUUUGGUGGGAGGACAAGUUCAAAAAUCUGAUGAUAAUGUUAUGCACAAUGGAGACUACGAUCUCGGAAAUUGUGGAUUUGGAAUUGAUAUCUUGUACUCCCAUGAGAAAUCCAUUGCUGCUGAGGAUACUGAUGCAAAAACCAAUGUGUCUAUGGAAAAUCUUCCAUAUGAGAGUCAUGCACCAAGUGUUAAAUUAUCAGAAGAAUUUGGUAAAAAGUUGGCAGAAGUAGAAUUUGACCUUCUUGAAGAUGACUGUGAAACUGCGUGCAAAGAUGAAGCUCUAAAUUCAAGUAGCAUCAAAACCCCUCAAGGGUCAAUCGUAAAUGAUUUUAAUCUUCUACAUGAUUCUCUAGGGGAUUUCAGUUCAUAUUUUGAUGAUGAAGUUCAAAAGCCCGAUGAUAAAAUUAUGCAUUGUGGAUCUGGAAAAAGUGAAUCUGGAGUUGAUGCCUUUUGUUUCCCUGAUGAAUCCAUUGUUGCUAAGAAUAUUGAUGGGAAGAACAAUGAGUCUAUGCAAAAAAUUUCAUAUGAAGGUAAUUCAUCAAGUUUUCAAUAUUCAGAUGGUACACAAGAUCUAUCUAUGACAACCGGUGAAUUGCAUUCUAGUAGCGGUCUUAAUACUUAUCCCAUGGCAGCAUUAGAUGUUUGUGAAGAAGAGAUGUUGAGAUCAUCAGAAAAGGCAUGUAUGGUUGCAGAUCCUAAGGAGUGCAUUGGAUUUUCCGCUAAUGACUUUGAAGCUUCAACUAAUAAAGGCUUCGAGGCUGAAACAUGUUUUGAUCCAAAUACACUUGGAGAUGUUGUUAUGGAAACUUGUAACAUGAAUGAAAGCAUGCAAAUUGACACGAUGGAGAAGGUAAACAGUCAGGGAGAAGGUAUGAACUUUUUUGAGAACUCUAAUGUUCAUGAUGGUGUUGGAGCAGAAGAUGAACCUAGUGAAACGGCGAGCCGGAAAAGGAAGAGGGGUGAUGCAAAUUCAGACGAGGAUGUGAAAGAUGAGCUUGUUUCAACUGUGCCUCAAACUAAUGAAAUGGAGUUGAGCAAUUUCAGACUUCAACAACUUUUUCCUUCAGACACUGCUUCUGGAGAUGAAGAUGCUUAUCAAAAGAAGUUGGUCUCACCAUCAAAGGCUACACCAAUGAUACAUAAAGAGAACAUUAAAUUUGACAAGGAGGAUAAAGUUGGGUCAGUGAUGUCUAGGAAUAAAUUUGCUAAGAGGCAACCUCUUCAAGAUCUUAAGCAGAAUUGAACUGUUAAGUAAAUGUAGUGUUGGUUAUUGUUUAUAAUUUGGUGAAUGAUCAUGUUACUAUUAUUUGAUGGUCAUGCUUUUUAGUAUUGGAAGUUUAUGAUUUAUGAUGACUAUUGGUGUUAAGUGUAAGUUCUUUUUAAUGCUUAUUGCUUAGCUCUUUUUAUGAUAAGAUUGAGAUUUUCACAUUUUGCAUGUGAAAUGUACAAUAUUGUGGAGUUGUAAUGCAUACUAAAGUUUAUAUUUUGGUAUGAAACAUUGUCAAA